AUGUCAGCCUACGCGCAGGGGCCAGGAGCAGAGUUGAGCCCCGACUACUCCGUGCCCACUGCACCAUCUCCCCCCCUCAUACCCUCGUCCCUCACUUGCGUCCCUGCCGUUGCAUCAAACUCACCAUCUGUCGACAUCAUCGAUCUCCUCCUCCCUACACUCCCCGCCGAGGCUCCAGACUCUAUCGCUUUGGCUCCAGCCCUCCCCGACGUGCUCCCCCCUUCCUCUAUCCCCAUCCAUCUGCGUACACACUGGAGCACACACACACACCGCAUCAAUCCAAACCACACCCAUACUCACUACGCCUAUUAUUCAUCGCAUACGUCGACUCUUCCGAGGCAUACUCUGCUCUUCCCAUCUACCAUCCUACGCUACAACGCCCGCCAGCCGCCUAGCCUAGCACAAACGACCACCCAAAGCCUUUACCUCCUCGCCGGCGCCCUUUCCACCUCAAGCAAAUCACCACGCGCCGCUUCGACUAGUCGAGAGCACAUCGAGCACAGAGCACGGUCCGCAUCCCCGACCCCCCUCCGCGACCUCGCUCCGCCGCUUGGCAUCUACCCUCUCGGACGUUCCACCAUAACGUCACGUCUGACCACCUCCCCCGUCGACGUGCGUUCUGGCUCCGGCGCUGGCACCCACCCCCAUCCCCCCGUACAGUUUGUACCGACGUCGUCUACACGCGAAUCGACGACAUCGACCUCGGUCAAUCCCGUCACCGCCACCUUUGCGAGCAAGCGGACUGCCGAGCCUAUAGUGAGAGGCUUGGACUCGCUCUCGCCUCCCAACCCCGUUCAACAGUCCACAGUCAACCUCAACGCGAAUCCGCACGGUAACAACUCUCCACCCGACGCUCGAUCUCAACUGUGCUCGCUGUCUCUGUCUCCGACACCAGAGUUCAGCUCCCCCCGCUCCAUCUCGUCCCUUGUCCCUCUCUCCACCCACGGCUCGCCAACUCGCAACACAGGGCACCGCACCCCGUGGUCCCCGACCACGAGAAAGCGCUCCUACCACAACCACAACCACAAGCAGGACGUGACCGGCUCGUCCUUGUCGACUAGUCCCAAGGCUACCUCGCGCAAGCACCAACAGUCGCAUCCGCAGCAGCACCCGCCACCGCAGACCGUUGCGGACUAUCUCAAGGCUCGCGACCAGCGCAACAAGGAAGACUACAAGGUCGCCCUCGAGAAGCUCCAGCAGUCUUCACUCGACGACGACAUGUUAUCAAGUUUCAAGCAGAUCCUGCGGCACGGCAAGCAGGCCGGCAACGACAGCAAGAAGUCGGCGCCGCCAGCCGAACCCGCGCAGCCUGCCAAGACGGCCUCAAAGCAGUCUUCUCCGACCAAGGACCAGAAGCGCACGUCUCGUGAUGGUGCUGCCCAGCAGGAGAAGAGCGGCAAGUCGAAGAACUACCGCGAGGAGGCCGAGAAGAUUGUCGCCCAGGAGAAGGCUCAGGGUGAGAAGAUGCCCAAGUUUGAGAUGGGCGAUGGCGCAUUCUCAAACGUGUUCAAGGCGAUGGACAACCGGGCAGGCCGCAAGGUCGCCGUCAAGGUUGUGCGCAAGUACGAAUUGAACACGACGCAGAACGGCAACCGCCACCUGAACCCCAAUUUCAAGAAGAGGCAGCGCGUCACUGAGCGCGCCAACAUUCUGAAGGAGGUGCAGAUCAUGCGCGGCAUCGACCACGCCAGCAUUGUCAAGCUUGUCGACUUUUUCGAGAGCGACGAGCACUACUUCAUUGUGCUCGAGCUGAUGGAGGGCGGCGAGCUGUUCCACCAGAUCGUCAAGCUCACGUACUUCUCCGAGCCGCUCGCGCGGCACGUCAUCGUCCAGGUCGCCGAGGGUAUCCGGUACUUGCACGAGGAGCGUGGUGUCGUCCACCGUGACAUCAAGCCCGAGAACCUGCUGUUCGAGCGGAUCCCGAUCAUCCCGUCCAAGAACCCGGUGCAUCGCCCCUAUGACGAGGAGAAGGAGGACGAGGGCGAGUUCCAGGCUUCCAUCGGAGGAGGAGGUAUCGGCCGCGUCAAGAUUGCCGACUUUGGUUUAUCCAAGAUUGUGUGGGACGAGCAGACGAUGACACCGUGCGGCACUGUCGGCUACACCGCGCCGGAAAUCGUCAAGGACGAGCGCUACUCGAAGAGUGUCGACAUGUGGGCCCUCGGCUGCGUGCUGUACACGCUUCUGUGUGGAUUCCCGCCGUUCUACGAUGAGAGUAUCAAUGUGCUCACCGAGAAGGUCGCGCACGGUUACUACACCUUCCUCAGCCCGUGGUGGGACGACAUCAGCCACAGCGCCAAGGACCUCAUCACGCAUCUCCUUUGCGUCGACCCGGCACAGCGAUACACGAUCGAUGAGUUCCUCGCCCACCCGUGGAUCAAGGACGGCCCGCCGGUCAUGCCCGUUUCGUCUGCCAAGCCGACCAAGGGCGGCGCGCCGGCGCCGAUGGACAGUCCGCUCCUGGCCUCGAUCCGCGCGUCGAACCGCGAGGGCCGCUCUCCGGGAGUGAAUGCGCUGAAGGAGGCGUUCGACGUGACCUACGCCGUGCACAGGAUGGAGGAAGAGGGUGCGCGCCGGCGCGCAGGCGUGCCAGGCGGCGCUCAGCGCGGCUUCCUACAGGGCCUGAACGAGGAGGACGAGGAGGGCGACGAGGCCGCGCAAGUCGAGGAUGCGCGGCGGAAGCACGGCGAGCUGGUAGCAAGGCAGAUCGAGCAGCAUCGCUCUCGCGCGGCCGCCAACGCCGCCGCGGGCAUCAAGGAGCCGGUCGUGACGAACUAUGUCGGUCGCGGCGGCGCGAACCGGCGUCAGGCCGAGGCCGCGCUCUACGACGGACGCGCGGGCCAGAGAGAUCGCGGAAGAGGUGGCAAGAGCCAGCCGUUUGAGCUCGAUCUCGGCAACGCCACGCUGCUCGGACGGAGGAACAAGAAGGUCGGAAUGCAGACGCCAAUGGCCCUCCCCGUCAAGGGGCAGUAG